ACAGACUAUUUUGUGUCAUCACCAAGUCAAAGUACAACUAACUAAAAACUAAAAGUAAAUAAAUCAAGUCAGUAUGUCCGUGGAUAAUUGCAUAUUUUGCAAAAUCACCAGUGGCCAGGAUGUCAACACUGUCCUGGAAAUGGAAAACGAUGAGUUUGUGAUAUUCAAGGAUAUAAAGCCUGCUUCCCAGCAUCAUUAUCUGGCCGUCACCAAGGAGCACCAUAAUAGCCUCAAGACCCUGAAUAAAUCUCACGAGGAUCUAGUUACAAGAAUGGAGGAGGGCUUGAAGCAGUUCCUCAGCGAAAAGGGGGUAACCACGGAUGACGCCCUGCUCGGUUUCCAUCUGCCACCUUUUAUAACGGUAAACCAUCUUCACAUGCAUGCCAUUGCCCCGCGCUCCCAAAUGGGGUUCCUGUCCAAACUCAUAUUCUUGCCAUCGGCCUGGUUUAAGACAGCCGUCGACGCUCGUUUAUAUCUUUCCACAAAAGAGGCAUAGUAACAUUAAUGGAGGGGAUAUUGUUUUAAAUUAUUUGUAGACAAAUGUAUCUUUUUAUGUAUUCCAUUAACUAUUAUCCCUAAUACUCCAUUUGUAUCUUUAAAGUGCCAAGAAUGCCCAAGUACAACGCUAAGUAAAAACAUUACCUAAUAACAACAUCCAACUUUAUUGUUUUCCACAA